AACAUGGAAGCUAGAAAUCAGACAGCUGUUUCAGAAUUCCUUCUCCUGGGACUGACAGAGGAUCCAGACCUGCAGCCCAUCCUCUUUGUACUAUUCCUGUCCAUGUACCUGGUCACCAUCCUGGGGAACCUGCUCAUCAUCCUGGCCAUCAGCUCUGAUCCCCACCUCCACACCCCCAUGUACUUCUUUCUUGCCAAUCUUUCCCUCACUGACAUCUGUUUAAGCUCAAGCACCAUCCCCAAGAUGCUGGUGAACAUCCUAACACAGAAUAAGAGCAUCACCUACACGGCCUGCCUCACCCAGGUCUGCUUUGUCUUAGUCUUUGGUGGCUUGGAAAAUUGUCUGCUUGCAGUGAUGGCCUAUGACCGCUACGUGGCCAUCUGCCAUCCACUCAGGUACACAGUCAUCAUGAACCCCUGGCUGUGUGGACUACUGAUGCUGUUUUCCUUGUUGGUUAGCCUUGUGGAUGGCCUACUGCACACUCUGAUGGUGCUGCGUCUGUCCUUCUGCACAGCCCUGGAGAUCCCCCAUUUCUUCUGUGAACUUGCUCAGAUCAUCAAGCUGGCCUGUUCGGAUAUCUUCGUUGAUAACAUCGUUAUCUAUGUUGUAGCUUGCCUAUUUGGUGGCGUUCCUGUCUCUGGGAUCAUUUUCUCUUACGUUCACAUUGUGUCCUCUGUCUUGAGAAUGCCAUCAGCAGAAGGAAAGCACAAAGCCUUUUCCACCUGUGGGUCUCACCUGUCCGUUGUCUCCCUGUUCUAUGGGACAGCUUUUGGGGUGUACAUUAGCUCUGCAGUUUCUGACUCCCCCAGGAAGACUGCAAUGGCUUCAGUGAUGUACACAGUGGUCCCUCAGUUGAUGAAUUCAUUUGUCUAUGGUUUGAGGAACAAGGACAUGAAGGAGGCCUUGAGGAAACUCCUCAGUGGGAGAGCUGUUCUAUGA